UCGUCGCGCAUUUCAUCGCAUAGACAACAGCGGCGGCAGCAGCAGCAGCAGCAGCAGCAGCAGCAGCAGCAGCAGCAGACAUCGACGAGGAAACCGCGAGAGUAUAACGACGCUCAGCCGUUGAUACACAGACCGAAACAGCCAUUCGCAUAUAUACAGCAACGCAUGCUGUACAUUCGAAGUAAUACCAACGUACAUUGACAACUGUCGCAAGCUGCAUUGGCCUACGAACACUGUUGCCAGCACCAGGACUGUCCGAAGUAUUACGUCAACGUCGUCACUUGCCGCCUAGCAGCACUAGUCCACCUGCAGCUGCUAUUAAUUGAGCUUGAAGACUGAAUAGCUGUGACAACGUGAACACUGUGCAGUGAAAAUCAUCUGUGUGUGUGUGUGCAUUUGAAUGUCUAUGUGCGGGUGUCUGUGUGGCUCGUCCUGAAGAGACCCUACAACAAAGGUCGUCGGAGAAUUAUUCAGGUUAUUUCAAUUCUUGAUUAUAUUAUUCCGAUGUGCUUUUCAAACCUCAGGACUAUAUUCGGUGAUAGAAACGCACACGCAGCUUGACGUGCGCGGCCAGCGAACGAAGCACUAGGCUGACAGCAGCAACGCUGCCUGACUCUUAUUGCUCUUCUUAGAUGAUUCGUGAACAUUGUGCAAUUAACAGUGGUUCCCGUUAAAACUAGUGAAGUAGAUUGCUCGUAUUAUCAGCAUAUAUGCCCGUAUCUGCAGUCCUAUGCAAUCGCUAGCGAUCUGCUUAACAUUAGGGAGGUCGCUUUUGGAACAGCGAUACCACCUCACCUAAGCUGUCAAGUUCUACUCGCUCGUACGACUUCAUUGCCCCGCUGGUUGAGACAAUUAAGCUUAGGCGACGGUAAAACAACCGAACGGGAUGAUGCCACGCACGCUUCUUGUGGCGCGCGAGGCGCUGGGCGUCCUCAAUAGGAUGGACCGUGAAAGCGGGACGACCUCUCGAGAUAUAAACUCCACGGAACUUCACAGCCAGGGCGAGGUGACCGGCGAUGACGAAGAGGAGGAAGUCGACGUUGAUGUGGUGUCCGAACCGGACGACAAACCGCUUGACUUCUCGUUAGCAGCGCCCACACAGUCGUCGAUCUUGGCAGGCGGAACCAGUCAAACGAUGCUAUACGACCCAGCAUUCUACCUUCGGAUGCUCCGCGAACUUCAACUCCAGUUCCCCAGCCAAGUAACAGGGGGCAGUCCGACAACACUGUCCAAUCCAGACCUGCCACCUGCCACCGGACUCCAUCUGCUAUCAGCUGGAUUUGCUGGAUUCGGACAUGCCCCUGAAACGUCAGACGGUUCCGAACGAUCAUCAAGUCCACCUUCACCAUCUCCACCGCAACACAGUCCACCACCGUUAAUGAGAGUGCUGCCAGCAUCUCAUAGUCAUCUUCUGCAUCCGAGCAGCAGUGGCAAUGGUAUACAGUCGUUGCAACAGAAGCUCAGUGAAGCAGUUGUCAAACAGCAACAUCGACAACAACACGGGACAACUGACAAUAGCCGAAAUGGUGGCCAUGCUGGACCGGUCGGCCUAGCUACCCCACCAGGCGGCUUGGGCGUGCACCAACUUGGUGCGCGAUUUGGUGCUCUGGCAGCAGCCUCGAACUCCAACAACUUCAGUAUUCGUGCCCUACUUGGCCUCAACACGGAAGCAUUCACCUGUCACGUUUGCCAAAGGCAAUUUAGCACCUCUGGAGGACUGCAGUCUCAUCUACGGCGCGGCUGCGGAAUCGAUCCUCACGCGCCAGCGUCGCCAUCGGCGCCGUCUAAGAUGUUCGAGUGCAAGCAAUGCGGGAAAUGCUUCAAGCGUUCGUCGACGUUAUCCACGCAUUUGCUUAUCCAUUCCGACACACGGCCGUAUCCGUGCGAAUAUUGCGGCAAGAGAUUCCACCAAAAAUCCGACAUGAAAAAGCACACCUACACACAUACAGGGGAAAAGCCGCACCAAUGCACAAUAUGCGGUAAAUGCUUCAGUCAGUCAUCAAAUCUGAUCACGCACAUGCGAAAGCACACUGGCUUCAAGCCGUUCACCUGUCGCAUCUGCAAUAAGGCGUUCCAACGCAAAAUUGACCUGAAGCGGCAUUGCGACACAAAACAUGAUCCGAGCUCGGAUCAGUUCGAGCCGCAGGGCCACAGCGCACUGAUGGGUCGCAGUCCCCCUUCGACUCCGACGGCCUCUGUCGCCAGUCAGUCCCCGGUCCACGGUGCCUUCACAGAGUUGCGUCCACCAGCUACCGCAGAACUGUCCCUCUUUAGGCCAAUUUAAGUUGCAAACAUCCAGCAAACGCCUCCGGUAAUCAAUUAGGCAAGAUAUCGACAAUAGCGGUCCGCAGGUCAAACGUCGUUUGGAGGCCAACGAACGCAGAAUGACGCCUCACGACAGCGGCAACAAUAACACCGCCAACAACGACGGUGGCGACGACGACGACGACGACAACGACAACAACAAGGGAAUAAGAAGAAGAAUUCUAAGACUAAGGACAAAUGAUAGACGGGUCUGUUUAUUGUUAACCCCGCACCAUGUGUAGAGGCCUAGGCAGUCCUUAAUAACCAUAAGCAGAACUUGUAGUCGUAGCAGAAAUAUGUACGCAGUCAUUAUAGUAAAGAAAGAUGAAAAUGCCAAAUUUAAUUACCUAAUGCUAUUUGACAUGCCAAGUAAAUGCAGACGCGAUAGACGACGUGUUCGGUCUUAAUCACUGGACAAGUGACAGCAUCUCAGCGCGUGCCGGGUACGUAAUAAUUUCCAACAAAUCAAGCUAAACGGUGGCUAUACGUUCACAACUGAGACACUAUUUUAUCGAACGAUUGCUGCUACUGCUGCUAGUUUCUCCGAAACCGAUCGACAUUAGUUUGGCCGUAUUGUCCUGAAGUAGUGAAAAAGGUACGUGUAAUAGGACGAGGACACAGCAGAAGCAGCAGUAUAUGCAUGGACUCAAAGCGAAACAAAAAAAAUAACGAAAGAAAGAAUAUGUUUGAGAAACUUUUGUGUCUGGGCUUGUGUGUGCGAAAGAUGAAGUACCUCGAUGUGUUCGCUUGUACGUCUGAAUGACAAUAAUGGUAACGAUGCCCAUGAUGGAUGUUUGAAAUCAUCAUGACCUGUGACAUCUAGCGUCGAACGAAUGGAAAAUAUCGGAUUUUCCUAGCUGAGUUGAGUGGUGCUGCUAUCUGUGCAAAUACACUAAGGAUGCACUGUUGAUAAUAGUAAUCUACUCAUCGUUUUCGGAUGAGCUGAUAGUAUACCACCAGAUCAUCCGCGCAUUUAUAUUCCUAUGCUGAUAAUUAUGACAAGACAAUAGUUUGCUAUCCCUCAGGGACCCAUUCAUUGUCAUUGUUAUCACUAUCCCAUGAUAAUAUGUAACGAUGCUGAUCCAAUGGUUAAUUUGUCUUCACAUUUCGAUAGUCGACCAUUUUCUCUAAAUGUGCAUUUUGCAUAGCAACAGUUUCUGUGAAUACUUCAGACAUCACGCCGAGAGAUACGUUAAACAUUUCGUCACGUUUGUUUUGUAUCAUAUCCUCACGAUGCGUCUGUUUUGGCCCUUCAUCGUGAGGCCCCGAACCACUAUGUCUACCCCUUCGAUACACACACACACACACACACACACACACACACACACACAUCUAACGAAAUGAAGAGAAUAAAUAGAUCUGACAUGUGAAGAACGCGAACAUCGUUCAUGAUCUCACAAUAUAUGCAAUGAUCAUUUGUUUACAAACUCAGUCCAGUGUAAGAAAAAAUUGUACCUAAACACACGUCUGUAACUGUCAGUUAACUGUCGUGUUAUUAAACUAACACAUGUGCUUUCGUUUAGCAGCAGCAGCAGCAGCAGCAGUAGUAGCGGUAGAAGUAGCCGUAACUUUAGCCGACUAGCUUACCGAUUACCUAAUUAUGAUAUUAUUAUAGACUGUCGUGUCCUGAUCACGGUCACCCAUGGAUGACGACGACGCGCCUGUGAGAAGACAAACGCUGCCAAUAGUUGACAGAAGAAGAGCAUUGCGACCGUAGUAGCCGAGAUAGGCAGGCAGGCAGGCAGACAUUUUCUAGGUUCGACUCGUAAGGCAUGAAGCGUGCGAAGAGGGUACACAAAGCAUUUGUACGGUGCCAUUCUAUCCCUAAUAACCUCAUACUAUCGAAUCGUCCAUUUUCAGCGUCAACUCUGUUCUGUACGUUUAGUUUGUGCAAAUCAAGUUUGUUCCGAAAGCGUAUGUGUAACAUACAAAUAACCCUUUAACUAAUCACCGCCGAAAUAAGGAACGAGUAAAAGGAGGACAACAAUAGGCUGAUGGGAAACGGUCGGCUGUGAGUAGCCAUCUAGUCCAUAAACGACGGAUAUCAAAACGUUGUUGUAAUAUAACAUUGCCAAAGCCUAA